AUGCCGGGUCACCACCACUUUUUCUGCGCCGAAUGGCGCCGGCUGCGCAAGGUGGUGGUCAUCGAGGAUGAGCUGCUCUUCGACCUCGUGGCUGGGGCACCCAGCCCGGAGGAGGUGGUGCUGGAUGCCGGUUACGAGUUCGCCAAGCAGAACGGCCUGCAGGGUUGGAGGAUGGAGGUCGACCAGGACUUGUUCAACCACAUCAACGAGCUCGACGGCCAAGCCGCCGAGCGAGGGGAUGCCUCCCCAAGUGGGCCGCGUGGCAGGAGCACGGUGUCCCGGGAGCCGACCAAGAGCUUGGGCCGAGGCCGCUCCAUGUCUCCACGCUCGGGAUCCCCGUUGUCUCGCUGCGCCACGCGUCGGCUGCAAGGGGGACGGCCUGCGUCUCCGACCCGGGUGGUCACACGCACUCCAACCCCGUCUCUGCGGUCACCUCUGCAGCGCGUGGCGACGUCGACCACGAAUCUGGUCAUCGGGGCUUCUGCGACUUCGAGUGGGGGCCCCUCAAGGCCCAUGCUCUUCGUCAACGAGAAGCAUCCGCUUGCACACCUUCCGGAUCCGGUUAGUCGUGAGGAUUUCGUCGCCGAGUUGUGCAGGCGCCUCCGGGUCCCUCGGCUCUUCAACAAGGAGGCCAAGGAGCACAAGGAGAGGGCGGGAGGUGCCGGCUUGGGCCAGGGCGAGCCGAUGUUGACAUCGGAGGAGUGCGAGGACCUCUUCGACAUCUUAAUGCAGAUGCAGAAGGUGGCGGGCGCAGCCCACGCGAACCCCGGGAGCUUGUCCUUCGGAUACUCCAUGGAUGCCACCGUGGACUCCUUCCUGGGACUCUGCUCGCUGCGUAAGGCUAUGGAGCGGGGGGCCCCUUCCCUGAACGCCUUCCUCAGCAGCUUGGAGGUUCAGGAGACGAAGUUGGUGGACCACACGCUGAUGCGCCAAUUCCUGGCGCAGGUGAGCCACAGGCUGGCUGUGGACGGUCUCCCAGGCGCGGUGCCAGUGGAGCUGAUCGUCAAGGCGCACAGCGGCAUCGACGUUCCGGAGCUUAGACGUCGCCUGGCGCUGGCUGCUCCGGUGGGGGCUUCCCUCCUUGAGUUCACAGGCCACUUCGAGGUGAAGCACGGCUACGGCAGGUUCAAGCUGCCACAUGUGAGCGAGUUCGUACCCCUGUGGAUCCACUGCAGCAGCCAGGAACACCUGGAUAUCUCUCCACAGGACGUGGCACGCUUCUUCCGAAUCUGUGGUGGAUCUCCGCACGUGCCAUUGCAGCCAGAUGCCUUGGAUGAGGCUCUGAAGCAUUUGCCGCUGGAGGCUCAUUGGGGCACGGAGCCGCUGGCAGUGGAUCGCCUGUUCUGCGCCUUGGGUAGGCGGUGCCUGCAGCUGGAACGGACCAAGCGGAAAGAUGCCUGCCUUCCACCAGAGGCGGUUCUGGAGAUCGUGCGAAAAGACACCUCGGAUCUGGAGAAGGCCGAGAAUGUCAUGAUCUCGGAGGGUGUCCUCAAAGACCGCUUCGACCUCAUCUGGAACUCAUGCGUUCGUGAAGGCCUGAUGUUGGCGUUGCCUCCAGACAGUGACCACACGCCCGGGCAUGAGAAGGAGAGGGCGGAACAAGCAGAGCGUCGCAAGGAGAAGGAGGAGCAGGGCACACGGCGAAUGAAGCAGGCUUGCCUGGCCCGCUUUGUGGCCGUCGGACAGGAGCUUUCGCGACAGGUGACGCGGCGGCAGUACGAAGCCCUCUUUCCCAACAUCAGCGACGUCCUCUCCGUGAGCUCGACGACCCUUCGCUCGGGACAGGUGGUGGUCGUCCGCUACAGGCUGGCGGGCGCGUCUCGGCUGUUGAAGGGGAUCGUUUUUGGGAGGCCUGCAACUUCUGGCAUCCGAAGCAUCGAGUGCUCCGCGACGAGCGGGAGCCCCUUCCCUGGCCCGUGCCACAGAAGGCAGUCCUUUACCUGCCAAGGUGGACUGCUGCAAAGCUUGUCCUGGCCGUAUCGGCAUAGCUGUAAGGCGCCGAUUACAGGAAAGUCCUUCAACACAUGCAGGCGCCUCAUUCUGCCUUGUAGCCGGGCCGAGGUCACACGAUUUGCGGUCAUGACUGCGAUGCUGCUCGGCUUGCAGGUUCUCGUCGAUUUGCCUCCGGGCUUACGACGUCGGGUCUUCUCUGCAGCUUCAGCCAAGGACAUUUUUGUUUACGAUGCUCAGAAGACCAUCCGGAUUCGCGAUGCGCGUUUGGGGCUUCUGCAGUAUGCCCUUUGGGCUUGGAGAUGGUUGAAAGCAGCCUGUGUAGCACUGAUUGCAUCCCCGGACCAUGUGCAGACCGUGUAUAUCGUCGUCUGGCAGCUCUUGCGCGGCAACAGUUACUUGAAGUACAGGUCGCCAGUUGUGACAACACGAAUGACACUGCAGCAGCCCACGCUGGGCAGUCAGGACAACUUCCGCAAAGUCUCGGAUCUCUCAUACUGCUGCAGGGAUGGCUGCCAGUUCAAGGCGGAUAACUCCUCAUGCACCUGUCCUGGGCGCAGCUACACCAACUACUGGUGCCUGUAUGUGGAUGGGGCCGGUGGCACUCAGACCUAUCCUGACAACAUUGUCAUCAACACUUUCAGGCACGAGUACAUCCAGGAGCGAAAUGCCAGUUGUGGCCAAGAUGGCUGCACCAAGCUCUGGGUCACAAGCGGCACGGAAAGCAGGUUCAUGGCAGACAUCGAGGACUUCACCGUUCUAAUCGCCCAUGCCGUGCAGAACGAGGAGCUCGGAAUCACGAAGACCAGCGAGAUGGCAGGCUGGCUCCUGGUGAAUGGGACCAGCGAGCUACAGAACCAGCUCUGCAAUAGUACGAACACCUCCAUGACGCAGCCGUGGAAGGGCUCCCGGACCGACAAGGCCCCCUGUUACAUCAAGCCGAAUUCCACAGCGAAGGAUGGCCUGGACUACUUCACCGUGGGCACCUUGAUGAUGGCCAUGGGCCUGAGUUUAGAUGGCUCCAGCUACCAUGGGAGUGGCCACUCCCUGCGCUACGAGGGCUUGACGGUGACGCUCAAGAUCAAGUACUUCGAUACUUGGCCGUGGCAUGGAGUCUUGCUGUGCCCGGUCUGCACUGAGCUGCUGUGA